CCUCGCGUCCUAUUUCGAAACCCCUCCUCCGCUGGGGAGGCGGGGGGCAAGGUGGGAAGGAGAGGGACAUACAUGGCGGCGGGAGGGGAUUGGGAGCGGGAGACGGUGCCCCGCGUGAUGGCGAUCGUGAGCCCGAGACUCCCCCAGCGGGACGUCUACUCCGUCUUGAUGGUCAGCCCAUGGUGUUACCGCGCUUUCCUCUCAGUUCCCACCCUUUGGGAGGUUCUUGAUCUACAUGAGAUGAGCAAAGCAGGAGAGCGACUAAUAUCUGCACUCUCACUGGUCAGAUAUGAGCAUAUUAAAAAGAUAACCCUUGAAUUUGCACAGGAAGUUGAAGAUGAACAUCUUAUUCUACUUAAAAGCCAGAGAACAGAGACAACACUUCGAGACUUACAGCAUCUCAAUUUGAAUGGCUGUCAGAAGAUCUCUGACAAAGGUAUUGAAGCCAUAACUGCUUGUUGCCCAAACCUUAGAUCUCUCUCUGUCUAUUGGAAUGUCAGGCUGACUGAUCUGGGCAUAAAGCACCUUGUUAAGAACAGUAGAGAAGUAGUUAGUUUGAACUUGAGUGGUUGCAAGAACAUCACAGAUCACAGCUUGUAUCUCAUUGCUGAUAGUUACCAUGGGUUGGAAGAAUUGGAUAUUACUAGGUGUACCAAGUUAACUGACAGUGGUUUACAACAGAUACUUCUUAAAUGUUUCUCUCUUCGGAGUUUGAACCUAUAUGCUCUUUCAAGUUUAACUGAUGCAGCAUAUGAAAAAAUAGGAUGUCUGGCUCAUCUUACAUUCUUAGAUCUCUGUGGUGCCCAGAAUCUAUCUGAUCAAGGUCUUUCCUGUAUAGCAAGAUGCAAGCAUCUGGUUUCAUUAAACUUGACAUGGUGUGUACGUGUCACCGAUGUGGGAGUGGCUGCCAUUGCUGAAGGUUGCAGAUCGCUUGAGCUUCUGAGCUUGUAUGGGAUCGUUGGUGUUACUGAUAAAUGCCUAGAGGCUUUAUCGAAUUUCUGCUCAAAUACUCUGACGACCCUUGAUGUGAAUGGAUGUGUCGGCAUCAAGAAAAGAAGCCGCGAUGACUUGCUAAAGCAAUUCCCACUGUUGAGAUGCUUCAAAGUGCAUAGCUAGCUUUGGGCUGCUUGUUGGCGCCUAUUAUCUGGUUUUACCGUAGGCAAGUAUACUUGAGAGAGCAGAAGACGAUUGUUAUUAGUGUAUCUCUUGUAUCUUUGUUAAUGUUCUUUUUUAAGAAACAAUUACAAAUAUAUCACUAGGGUUCUGUGGAUCCUCUCAUGCCAUUUAGCUUUGUUGGGAGGAAGCAUAGGUGAUGUGGUGACAAUUAGAAGAUAUGGUAAUUGUUUGCAUCCACCCUUUAACUUCCUGAGGUUGUAGCAGGGUGUUAUUGAUUUGAUUUAAUAGAGAACUAAAAGAAUGUGCUACUAAA